GUUAAUGUAUAUUUCUAUAUAUACAUAUAUGUUAUCUCUUGAUUGCUGUAUAAUUUAUCUGUUUGUUCUACAUAGAAAGGUGAUGUGCAUCAGCACUUUUAUGUCAUGUAAAUUUAUUGUUACCAAACAGCUUACUGUGUAAAUUUAAAAAGUUUAAUUAGUGAAAUGUUUGCAAUGAUUUGUUUUUCUAGUAAAAGUUUAUUGUAUUUUUAGAGUUUUAAACAGUUUGGAGAGUUAAGAGCUUUUCCAGCUGCUGCCAGGAGGCUUAAAUCAGAGUUGACUAAUAUGGACAUGGACAAUGUUUCUAUAUUAGUAUUCACACUCUCUGGAUUGGACGGAAUAAUGGAAAACAGAUACAUGUUAUUUUCCUUGACUGCACUGUGUUAUCAUGUUAUACUGCUGUGUAACAUCACUGUUAUAGUUUCCAUUGCUUCUGAUAAGGGGCUUCAUGAGCCUAUGUACAUAUUUUUGUGUAAUCUGUGUAUAAAUGCUCUGUACGGCACUGCUGCGUUCUAUCCUAAAUUCCUGUACGAUUUGUUGGCCCCACUUCACGUGAUUUCCUAUGCUGGCUGUCUGAUUCAGACUUUUGUCAUUUAUUCAUCUGCUCUGUGUGACUACUCAACUUUAACAGUGAUGGCAUAUGACAGGUAUGUGGCAAUAUGUAGACCACUGCAGUAUCACUCAGAAAUGACAAAUCAGAAAAUUGUAAAGUGUAUCCUUUUUUGUUGGUUUGCUCCAAGUUUUUCCAUAGCACUUUUAGUCUUACUGACUUCAAGAUUAACCCUGUGUGGCUCACAUAUUGAAAAGCUAUAUUGUGAAAACUGGUCAGUAGUAAAACUUUCUUGUUCCCCAACAACAGUGAAUAAUGUGGUGGGAUAUAUAUUUAUAAUUGUAUAUUUUGGACAUGCAGUUCUGAUAGUUUGCUCAUAUAUACAGCUGAUUAAAACAUGCAGAAAGUCAAAAGAGGGCAAGUAUAAAUUCAUGCAGACCUGUAUACCCCACAUUAUUGUGUUGUUGAACUUUACUGCUGCUCUGUUGUUUGAUGUAUUUUACACUAGAUAUGGGUUAAAUUCUUUCCCUCAAAGUUUUCGAAACUUCUUGGCACUGAAUUUUUUAAUUGUUCCACCGAUCGUAAAUCCUCUGAUUUACGGUCUAGCACUGACCAAAAUACGACACCAGGUCAUUAAACUUUUCUUCAGAAAAAAAUGCUUUGCCUAACCUGAGCACUGUUAUGUAAAACAUUGUGGUAAUUCAAAGAUAGUUAAUUAAUAAUUUACAUUUACUCUGUUGCAUGUACUCCACUAAAAAUGUGUUUUUAGUUUGUUUGUUUUUGCUGGUAAUUUUUAAAUAUUUUUGUUAUUGUAGCAUCUGCGUUGCUUUGAGAUCAUUUAUUGCACAAAAAGGAGAAAAGCAGCAUCCACUUUCAUGAUUAUACUGAGAGAAAUAUACUGAUGCUGAAUAUGAUAAAGACAUUGAUAUUUACUAAAAAUCUACAAGUUGUUUUGUUUUUUGGAAAGUUACUUUUAGUUAUAGUUCAUUUAUCAUUUAACAAAUUAGAUGUACACUUGGGUGCGGGUUUAUGCUGCUCAGAUAUAUAUAUAUAACAUGUAACAUAUUUUCAGGGAAACUGUAAAAUAUGUAACAGCUGAAAACCAUUACAUUCUGAAAAGUCAAAAGCACAAAUCAUGCAAACAAAAGUAAAGAUUAAAUGCUACCCCUGAGUAUUAAAGUUGGUCUGUUAAGACUGCAA